AAGUAAACACGGAAGUAAGUACAGAAGAAACGGCUGUGGCUGCAGUGUGUCCUCGGUCCGGGUUCGUUAACGGUCGGUUUAACGGCAGCCGAUAGUUUCCACUCCCCGGUUUGUGUCGGUGGUUCCGCUCAGAGACAACAGGGUGGAGAAGAUGUGCGCUGUAAGGGUCGCUGUAAGGGUCACUGUGACUCUGGUGGUAGUUUUAUCUCAGGUGAGCUGCUCGUCGUCCGGACUGAGGAAGGUCUCUCAGAUUCUGGGUUUCGACUGGAAGAACUGCGGGCAGCCCGAUGCUCCGGCUGUACUGAAGACUCUGACCGUGUCUCCGGAUCCGAUCUCCAUCCCAGGGGAGCUGACGGCCGCCGCCUCUGGAUCUACGUCUGUGGAGCUGAGCGCCCCGCUGGCCUUGAACGUGACCCUGGAGAAGGAGGUGGCAGGUUUCUGGGUGAAGAUCCCCUGUUUGGAGGAGUUGGGCAGUUGUCACUAUUCGGACGCCUGUGAUGUCCUGAACCAGCUUAUCCCUCCGGGUCAGGACUGUCCUGAACCGCUGCACACCUACGGACUGCCCUGCCGCUGCCCCUUCAAAGCUGGCUCGUACUCUCUGCCUCAGUCGGACUUUUACCUGCCCUACAUGGAUCUGCCCUACUGGCUGACUAACGGGAACUACCGUGUGCAGGGUGUCCUGGGCAGCCAGGGCAAAGAGCUGGGCUGCCUCAAAAUCGCUCUCUCCCUUCACUCCGAUUAAACCGACGCCCAAAACAGUCGGGAGGUUUCAGGUUUUUGUUUAUUUGCACAUAAAAAUGAAAAUUGGGAAACGAAAGCAGGAGUUGCACAGUGUUCUGACACUGAUAAACCUCGCAGGGGUCAAGAACAGUGGGGGAAAAAUUAGAAAACAGAUUUCACAUUUUAUACAUUAGCUUGUAGAUGUUUCUAAUGUAGCUGUCUUUAAGGUCCUACAUUUUACCUGCGUACUACAUUUCUGAAGUCGUUUCAGUUGGAGAACGUUUUUUUGGGGAUCCAGUCUCUGUACAGACAGAAAAACAUAGCAUUUGGUGUUCAUUAAAAAUUAUGGCUACUGUGUCUGACAGUGAAGCUUUUUUCCAGCGUCUGAGCCUUUGGGCAGCAUUUAUUUCAUUCUUUAUGUACAGUAACUGCUUUACUUUAGUUGCUGCUGCCAGCCACGGUGCCAUUUAAUAAGCAAACACGAAAUAAUGUGUGCCAAAGACAUUUCAAGGGACGAGACUUUAUUGAAUCUGUGGUGAUAUCUGACUAUCGAAUCAGAAUUUCCCCUCAGUUUAAUUCUGCAAAAAAGCAGAAGAUGAUUCGAAACACCGGAAAAAAUAAUGUGAGGAAAACGUUGCUUCAUAUUUCUGAGAAAAAGUAGCCCAGACAUUUGGCUGUAAUCAGCGUGGCUCUCAACCUCUUUGUAUGUCCACUUUGUUUUGCGCAGCUUGGUUUAAGUUGUUUAGUAGAUAUGAUUUAGGUAUGUGUGGGAAAAAUCUGAACAAAUCUACCAGGACCAGAAGCCCAGAGGGAUUCGAUCCUUUCACCAGCAGCAUGUCACUCCUUUACUAGCAGAGGAAACAGUUUCUCUGUGUGUGUUUGUGUGUGUUUGUGUGUGUCGACGGUGAAUGCUGCUGCGUUUGUCUGCGUCUGCCCUGGUGAUGUCUUUCGCACUCUGAGAAACAGGAUGAUGACCUGAGGGUCGCUCUCUCAGUUCCCGAUUCACAUUUAAAACCUUUUUCAUAGAAAUGGUCAGUUCAUGGUCUUCAGUGUCCGAACAAACGGAGGCACGGCGAGCCAAAAGGAACUAAACACUGGCAGCUAUUCAGAGUUGCAACACGGUCAAAUUGAGCAAAUUUAGAAAUAUUAAAUGUUAUUAAAAAGUUUUUACUUUGAGAGUUUCUGUGUUUAUUCACUGAUGAUAGAAGGUGAAACAUCGAUGCUUUUUUCAGGCCUCAGCUUAUGAAUAGAUCAACAUGUAAUUCAAUAUUUUUCUCUCGCACAGUAUUUCACACUAUUGGGGAAACUUUGCUAAUAAACCUUAAAACGCUCGGUACAAUCUGAAUGUCAGACGAGUCAAAGACUUUGAAUUAAAGGGUUUGUUUUAAUCAUUUUGCUGCACACUGUUUUACCAUUUAAUCGAAUGGAUACACAUGAAUUUUGUGGGGUUUUUAGAUGAGAUGCUCUUUUUUAAAAUGUUUUUUACAGUAAUAAUUCCCUUCAUACGCUCUGCUUUUACAUCUGUGUGUGAUGUUUUUUUAAAAAGUGCUUUCAGUUCUUUCAGUUGUCGGUUGUUUCUUAUUUGAUGUUAGGAAAAAGGGUUUUUGGCCAAUGAGUAGAAGCUCUGCUGGGAAUUAAACAGUGCUCGUCUCAAAAUAUUCUUUGAUAUUAUAUCCUUCGUUAUCUCUGAUUUUAUUAUUUUUACUCUUUAUUUUUACUAAGUGCCUGAUUAGAUCUUCAUCUACAAACACCCAUAAUGAAAAUCAGUCAUAAAGCAGAGAGGUAACUGAUUACGGUUGAUGAGUUAAUUAUGAAUUUUAAUUUGCCUAAACAUUUCCUUUGUUUCCUACAGUGUUGAGAAUGAUGACAAAUGAUGGAAUCUGAGUCAUGCUUGUAAUUAUUUCUAUACACUGUACAGUUUUUAAUAAAUAUUAUCCCAUAAA